GUUCAAGACAAAGUCGCCCAAAAGGAAAUUGUGGUGCACAAGGUGCCUGGAAAGGAAAAUGCAGCAGAUUUAGGCACGAAACAUUUGGACCAGUCUUCCAUGUGGAAGUGUUUAGGGAAGAUAGGGCAGGUUAGGUUGUCAGGUCAAUCAAGCAUCUCUUUGAUAGCGGCAGUGUAGACCAAUCGAUGUGUUGGUCUUCCGUAGACACUUGGGCUCGAGCAUUUCUUUUGCUGAGAAACCAUGAGCCUUUCCAAGCAUGUAAAGAUUGCUUUUGUGCGCUGCCCGGAUUGCCCGGCGUGGGAGCCGCAGUACUUUGAGAUGAAGGCCGCAGAGAUGAAGACGGAAGAGCAGACGAGCAAAGCGCUCGCCUACCGCUUGAAUCAACACUUGAAGAACGCUAAAAGCCACGAGAUGGACAGCGCAGCAGCGCAGCAGUUGGCUGAUGCACAGCCUAUCGUAUACUGUUCAGAGGACAAGAAACCUUGGAGGCGGGUCAAGGAGCCCUGGGUGAAGUUGCCUUCACCGCCACCACCGCCAGCAGCGGCAGCAACCGACCGCAAGAAGCAGGACGAGUCGUCUGAGAGCGACAGGUCGAGGUCCCCGGAACGGGCCGAGCCAGCACCUCCGGUCACGGAGGAGCAGCGCGUGGAGGACGCUUUGAUUGACAUCGAGAGGAUGAAUAAGAUGAGCAGUCUGGCGCAGAUUCUCACGGGCGUGAGCAAUCGCAUGCGCGACCUCACGGAAGACGACAACGAAGAGUGAGCAAGCGAAGAACUCACGGCUAGGGCACAACUUUUUCACCGCAUCACAUCUACGUGGUGAUGGUCACACUUGCCUUUUGUAUCGCACUGACACAGUGGACACGACCAUGUAAGUGACAGCUUACCCCGGCAGUGAACACCUGCGAAGUACGAUUGGCCAUCGUAGUAGUAGCUGGUUAGCUGAUAGGGGAGUCACCGUGGAUCGCCACACUCCGCUACACUUUUCGAGAAAGAGACAGCCUUUUCCCGAUGCCUUGAGUCAUCUGGCCGGACGUCUUUAAAGUUCGUCAGAAUCACGUCCACGAUAGUGGACGCGACACUGCCGAGGCGGCGUGUUGAGGUUUAUAUUAUUUUAGCACGUUGUGGGAGCAGCGGGGUAGGAAGAGAGAGGGAGCGUGCGACCGCAGGCAUUUGGGAGUCUCA